ACAGGAUCACAUGUUGAAUGGUGUAAACAGCUUAUUGCUGCUACAAUUUCUAGUCAGAUUUCAGGUUCAGUGACAUCAGAAAAUGUAUCCAGAGAUUAUAAGGUUUUCAGGAGGCCUGAUAUAAGGAGUAUUCAUAAAGCAAGACAAAGAUUGGAGAUUCAGGAAGAACACAAUGGCUACCCUUCUGAAGCUGAAGCCGAUCAGGCUCUAAGGGAUGGAAAUAAGCUGGCACAGAUGGAAGAAGCACCACUUUUUCCAGGAGAAUCCAUCAAGGCCAUUGUGAAAGAUGUCAUGUAUAUCUGCCCAUUUAUGGGAGCUGUGAGUGGAACGCUGACUGUGACGGACUUUAAGAUGUACUUCAAAAAUGUAGAGAGGGACCCACAUUUUAUCCUGGAUGUUCCCCUGGGAGUGAUCAGCAGAGUUGAGAAGAUUGGAGCACAGAGCCAUGGGGACAAUUCUUGUGGUAUAGAGAUAGUGUGCAAGGAUAUGAGAAACUUGCGACUUGCUUAUAAACAAGAAGAACAGAGUAAACUGGGAAUAUUUGAAAACCUCAAUAAACAUGCAUUUCCUCUUUCCAAUGGUCAGACACUCUUUGCAUUCAACUAUAAAGAAAAAUUUCCAAUUAAUGGAUGGAAAGUUUAUGAUUCAGUAGCUGAAUAUAAAAGACAGGGCUUGCCAAAUGAGAGUUGGAAAAUAUCCAAAGUAAACAGUAAUUAUGACCUCUGUGACACUUACCCUGCCAUCAUUGUUGUGCCAACUAAUGUAAAAGAUGAUGACCUUGCAAAAGUAGCAGCCUUUCGAGCAAAAGGCAGAGUCCCUGUAUUGUCAUGGAUUCAUCCAGAAAGUCAGGCAACAAUCACUCGGUGCAGCCAGCCACUUGUGGGUCCCAGUGAUAAACGCUGCAAAGAAGAUGAAAAAUACUUGCAGACAAUAAUGGAUGCUAAUGCACAGUCUCACAAACUUAUCAUCUUCGAUGCCCGACAAAACAGUGUCGCCGAUACCAACAAGGCAAAGGGUGGAGGAUAUGAAAGUGAAAGUGCUUAUCCAAAUGCGGAACUUGUCUUCUUGGAGAUCCACAACAUUCAUGUGAUGAGAGAGUCACUACGUAAAUUAAAGGAGAUUGCCUACCCUUCGAUUGAUGAGACACGGUGGCUAUCCAACGUGGAUGGGACACAUUGGCUGGAGUAUAUCAGGAUGCUUCUUGCCGGGGCAGUGAGAAUUGCUGAUAAAAUAGAAUCUGGGAAAACCUCAGUGGUGGUGCAUUGCAGCGAUGGUUGGGACAGAACAGCCCAGCUGACAUCUCUGGCUAUGCUGAUGCUGGACAGUUAUUACCGCACCAUUAAAGGAUUUGAGAUUCUCAUAGAAAAGGAGUGGAUAAGUUUUGGACAUAGGUUUGCACUGCGAGUGGGCCAUGGCAAUGACAACCAUGCAGAUGCCGACCGGUCUCCAAUAUUUCUUCAGUUUAUUGAUUGUGUUUGGCAAAUGACAAGACAGUUUCCUUCAGCGUUCGAAUUUAAUGAGCUAUUCUUGAUUACAAUCUUGGAUCACCUUUAUAGCUGUCUCUUUGGGACUUUCUUGUGCAAUUGUGAACAGCAGCGGUUCAAAGAGGAUAUAUAUACGAAAACUAUAUCCUUAUGGUCUUAUAUCAAUAGUCAGCUCGAUGAAUUUUCUAAUCCCUUCUUUGUGAAUUAUGAAAACCACGUCUUAUAUCCUGUUGCUAGUAUGAGUCAUUUGGAAUUAUGGGUAAACUAUUACGUGCGAUGGAAUCCACGAAUGAGGCCUCAGAUGCCAAUUCACCAAAAUCUCAAGGAGCUGCUGGCUGUGAGGGCGGAGCUGCAGAAGAGGGUGGAGGACCUGCAGCGGGAGGUGGCCACUCGAGCCUCAUCCCCAUCUGAGCGGGGUUCCUCACCUUCCCACUCAGUCACACCCGUCCACACCUCAGUCUGAUGCUGCAGAGACAGUAGUUCCGGUGAGUCCAGCCAUCAAGGCCAUCCUGCGGCUCCACUGCUUUCCCGGGUGACUCAGGCAAGGGUCCUGCGACCUGUUCCGGCUAUAGAUUGUGAUCUUGUCUUUUAGGAUUAGGCCCAGUGCCCUCCACAUCUGGACAGCACUUCCAACCAGCGACCCUGUGUGUGGCUAGGUGCCAGCUCCCACUGUCGUCUAUACUUUUUUGUUUUCUGAACAUCCCAUUUCCCUCCUGUUGGGUUUCUCAGGGGUGGCUGUCUGUCCCAUUGACCCUGUGACCAGCCCAGGCGCUUGGGAGAAGCCAUAAUGAAUGGAACAUAGUGCUUAGGUUCAAGAAAGUCUCAUACCAUUUCUUUCCUUCAUUAAAACAAACACCAUUUACUUAGAGACCAUGUUGCCAGCCCCGGGCUUCUUUCAGCUCCUUGCUACAACUUGACUGUUUUAAAGUUAACUAUUUUGGGGGAAAAACAGACCAUUGCCCUCUGUUCUAGAGUUCUUGCAAGGGGGCCCCUGUACCAAUUACUGUUGUGUACAUGUAAGGUAUUUUUUAAAAAGAGAAAUAUGCAUUUAUUUUCCUAUGUCCUUUUUUAUGUUUAUACUAGUCACCCCAGGAGGUAUCUGCUAACUGGACUGUGAGAAAUUCUUUUCAAAAACAGCUCAUGAUAACUUUUAUGUGGUACAUUUAAAACGCGACUUGAAUACUGUUGUUUAAAAGGCAUUGUGUUCUAGCCUCACCUGACUUUGGUACUUGCCUCCUGAGGUGGCCUAGGCCACUGAUGGCAAUAGCAGCAGUUUCCCUCGGGAUGGCUUGGCAGAGGGGGAGGACUCUGGCAGCUCUGCGCUGGCCUCCCCGUGGGCUCCUUCACAGAGCUGUCCACAGCUCCUGGCCUGUCUGACCUUGCAGCCUCCUGCUUCUGAGUCCGCUCUCACCUGUUAUCUGCCUGUCUGAAGAUCUCUUUAAUUCAGUUUAUUCAUAUGACUUCAUGUCAGUAUUUUAAAGCAACCACUGAGCUGUGGCUUCAGUUGCCAAAAGCAUAACACGCACUUCCCUGGGUUUUCUCAUCUCAGAGCCAACCUUCUCCGGCCAGGCCUCUCCUCCCAGUUUUGAGCCUUCCCUCCUGACUUUGGGUUCUGGGACUCUGUCAUUGUGGGCAGGAACUAAUUUACCAUCAGCUGGUCCAUCCACUAGUGCUAGAGCUGAGUUCCUCUGUGUGGUGUUACAGAAUCUUGUACCCGCCCCAGCAGGCCAAACCCUCCCCCUGCCCUGCCCAUUUCUGCCAAUCACUGGGACCCCCAUCAUUGCAGGAGUUAAGCUUGCCUUUGGAGUCAGGGAGCCUCAGAAGCCCAUAGGGUUAGAGCUGAGUACAACUGCAUUGGAAUAUCUAGUUUGUUUAAUUAGUGGACGCCAUGCACAGUCUUACAUAUUGACCUUAUUUUUGAAAAUAUAUUCUUAAAAAAGAUUUUUUUACAAAUAGUUAAGAGAAUAGAUGUUUUUUCAACUUGGAACUUUCUGAUUCUUAAAGAAAAUUAUCUGGUACUUGUCAGGUAUCAGAAGUACUUCUUCCAAGUAAUUUGAUUACCUAAAAUGAAUUCUCCAUUUUUAUCAGCUGGGGAUUUGUUUCUAAAUCAUAGUUCAAUUUAUAUUAGCUUUUGAUUUAUGCUCCCAACAUAUCUGAAAGCUUAUUUACAAAUGGAUAAACUGGAUUAUUCAUUGAUACACUGUUUUCUUCCUAAAUGGAGACAUUCCCUUUUUUUGUUCCCUAGAAAUAUCCUUUAAUCCCCAGCUGCACUAAGACUAUUAAACUUGGUGGGGACUGGAUGAGGCUUCUGACAGAACCAGAGCAGCAGAGAGGGCUUAUUCUUGCCCAGGUCACCUAGCUUGGUGCUGGGCAGGGUGGGGGCCUAGGCUGGGCUGUCGCACCCUCCUCUGCAUGUGGGGCCCUAGGAGGAGCCCUCAAAACUCCCAUUCGAUUUGAAAGCAGCAAUUGAGAUCAUUCUCCUUUAUAUGUUCCUAGCACAAAACUAUUUCUAAAAUAAUUUGAAGUAUAGUUUUGUUACCUAAGCAGUUCUUUUUUUCAGUUUUAUUUAAGUGUACUAGAAUGUAAAACCUUUACGGUGCAGAUUUUUAAAAACUGGUACAGUAUCGUAUUUGCCUCACCUGAUGCACUAUAUUACAAUCUGUAAUUAAAAUGAUAAUAUCUUUG